AAAUACUCAAUACUCAAGCUAAUAAAAAAACAAAACUUGAAACAAAACAAAAAAAAAAAACUUGCAAAUAAAUCGAAAAAGAGAGAGGGGGAGCGAAAAACAAGUUGUGGGCUUAUUACUUGUGACGUCACUUUCAGUGGGGCGAAAAGUAAAAAAAAAAUAUAAAAAAAGAGAAAGGCGAAAAAGGAGGUGGCUCUAGAAAAAGGCGAAGGAGGUACGUGGUUCUAGACCCAAUGUUUUAUAAAUGAGAUGAAGGGAGAGCUGGUCGGGAGGACAGACGUGUAGGACAUCUCCCAUAGUUCAACAGUUCGUCAGUGGGACCAGGACUCAUUGGAGUCUUUAGACAUUUAGAGAACCAUCUUAUGUAACAGUUAGUCAAUUUGCAACUCUUCUCGCGGCAACGAACAAAAUUUAUAGAAAAGGAAAAAAAAAAACAACUUUGAAUUCAUUUUGUCUUACAAGUUUCUGUUUUAAAGUUGACUUCAAGUUUUAGCAUAGAUUCAUUUUUUUUUAGUUUUGCUUGUGACAAAUUGACCGGAAAUUUUAGAAUUUAAAAAAAUAAAUUCAGCUUUCAUCUACUUCAUUACGAGCAAGAUUUGGACGAUACCAACGUUGAUUCCAUCAGAAUGUGGUAAAUAAUUACGGAGAGAAAGAGUUAAAUUUCGGUCAACAUUAGCCAGUUUGAAUUCAGGUAAUCAAAAAGAACCUAAGAUGCAUUUUUCCUGGACAAUGGCAGCCUCGCGGACUAUGACACUUGCAUUGACAUUGUGCCACGUCAUUCUCAUCUGCUUGCUACAGGACACGGCGCUAGCCGACAGAACUCUGCAGCUCAACGAAGCAGUCGAAGAUCCGUCAUCAACUUCGGCGUCAGCUGAAAAUGUGGGCGACCAGCCAAACGAGAAAAGGCACUGGUCCCAGUUUCGUUCUUGGGGUAAAAGGUCUCUGGACGAUGAUGCCUUGAGCAAGAGGUGGAAAGAAAUGUCCGUUUGGGGCAAAAGAGAAGCAGAUUUGUUAUCCAAUCACCAGGACAUGGAUUAUUUGUACCCAGGAAUUGUGUGGGAGGGUUCUCAAAUGAGUGGUGCUAACCCAGAGCUGGAUAAGAAGUGGAAAGAAAUGUCUGUUUGGGGCAAACGAAAUGUCGAUCCUGAACUAGAGAAGAGGUGGAAACAAAUGGCUGUUUGGGGCAAGCGUAGUUCAGAUCCCGAAUUAGAGAAGAAAUGGAAAGAGAUGGCUGUUUGGGGCAAAAGAGACUUUGAUCCUGAAUUGGAGAAGAAAUGGAAAGAGAUGGCUGUUUGGGGAAAAAGAGACAAUGACCCCGAAUUAGAGAAAAAAUGGAAAGAAAUGUCUGUUUGGGGCAAAAGAGACUUUGAUCCUGAACUAGAGAAGAAAUGGAAAGAAAUGUCGGUUUGGGGCAAAAGAGAUUUCGAUCCUGAAUUAGAAAAAAAAUGGAAAGAAAUGUCAGUAUGGGGCAAAAGAGACUUUAAUCCUGAAUUAGAGAAGAAAUGGAAAGAAAUGUCAGUAUGGGGCAAAAGAGACUUUAACCCUGAAUUAGAGAAGAAAUGGAAAGAAAUGUCUGUUUGGGGCAAAAGAGACUUUAAUCCUGAAUUAGAGAAAAAAUGGAAAGAAAUGUCAGUAUGGGGCAAAAGAGACUUUGAUCCUGAACUAGAGAAGAAAUGGAAGCAGAUGUCCGUGUGGGGCAAACGAGGUGUGGACAACAACGGAAAACAGACCAUACGACACACACGGAAAUGGAGGUGGGCAAAUCUAGGCGCGAAGCGACCCAGUUGGAGCAGUACAGGUUUCUCCAGCUGGGGGAAAAGAUCAGAAGACCUUGACCUUCACGAUGUCAAGGAAUACCUUCAGAAAACAUUACCUGUCUCAGAGUUAGAAGAGACACCGCAAGAAGCUGGUGAGUUGAAAUCACAAGAUCAAGGGACGCCUCUGUCCAAGACGUAAUGUGCCACAAAAGUCACAAGGUGUGGGGGGGGGGCUUCAGGAAGUGUUCGUUUCACCCACGUCACGUGAUACAAUGUCCAGCCAGCAGACUGUACUAUUUGUUUACACUUGUACACAAACUGUUUUAAAAGCAAAGAAGAAUUUGUCCGCUGUUGUAACAACUCAAAGAAAAAAAAAUUCAACAUUUUAUAAACUACAAUUUGCAAUUUGAAAAAAUAAAACGCUAUAGAAUAAAAUUUUGACAUACAAAUAAUA